UUAUAGUGGACAUAUGGCGAUGAACUUCCGGGGAGGACCAAUGUAAACAAACUAGUUUUAAAUCAAAAUAUUAUGGCAAAUAACAGCGAACAAGGUAGUGGGUCCGAGUAUGUCAGUUUCGUAUGCCAACGAUGUCGACAGCCACUAAAACUUGACCAUUCCUUCAAUACCAUCAACAGACAGUUACUUGCUGAACUGACAGCUCCGCUUACAAGAAAUGCUGAACAAGAAGAAACCAUAAAUAUAUUUAAACCUGGAAGCCAGAGUCCAGAGAAGCAAUUUGAAGAUAAUGUGGUGGUACAACGCGUUAUUCCUCCAAGUAUUCUGUAUGAGGAGGAAGCAGGACAUGACUUCCUUUUGCUGGGAGAGACAGGGUCCGGAUAUACAGACAACCUCAGUCACAGGGUCAAGGUAAACAGUAUCCUGUUUGACAUCAUGUCUGGCCAGUCCGAUGUUGAUCAUCCCCUGUGUGAGGAAUGUACCGACAACCUGCUGGAUCAACUUGACCAUCAGCUGAAGAUUACCGAGGAUGAGUGUAAAGAUUACAGAGAGUUUCUUGAAAAUCUGAGUACAUCAGACGACAGCCCAGAGGAAACAGGACUGGAUGAUGAACUGAAACAGUUGGCUGCGGAGAAGGAAGCGUUAAGACAGGAACUGGAGAAAGUAGAACAAGAGAGGAAGGAAAUGGCUAGACAAAUAGAAGCUGAGAAAGAGACUGCAAAAGAAUUGGAGAAGGAGGAAGAAAGGUACUGGAAAGAAUACAAUGAAUUCAAGCGCCAAGUACAAAGUUUAGAAGACGAGCAACGAAGUGUUGACAACCAGCUGAAAUAUGCUCAAACACAAUUGGAUCGGCUCAAGAAAACCAACGUUUUUAAUACAACAUUCCAUAUUUGGCACAGUGGUCACUUUGGGACAAUAAACAACUUUAGAUUAGGACGACUUCCUAGUGUCCCAGUUGACUGGAAUGAGAUAAAUGCUGCCUGGGGACAGACUGUUUUACUUCUUCAUUCUUUGGCCAACAAAAUGGGGCUGACAUUUAAAAGAUUUCGCUUGGUUCCCUAUGGUAAUCACUCAUAUGUGGAGUCACUCACUGAUAAAUCUAAAGAAUUACCUUUAUACGGCUCGGGAGGAUUUCGUUUUUUCUGGGACACAAAGUUUGACCAAGCAAUGGUGGCGUUUUUAGAUUGUCUUCAGCAGUUUAAGGAGGAGGUGGAGAAGGGAGACUCCAGUUUCUGUUUACCGUACAAAAUGGAGAAAGGAAAGAUAGAAGAUAACAGCUCAGGAACAUCCUACUCCAUCAAGAUCCAGUUUAACUCUGAGGAGCAGUGGACAAAGGCUCUGAAGUUCAUGCUGACCAACCUCAAGUGGGGUCUGGCCUGGGUCACUUCACAGUUUGCUACAAAAUAGCUCCCACAAAUGUCCAUCUCGUGUGUUCAGACUAAUCUCAUUCUUGUGUCAUCAGCCAAGUGUCCUCUGUCGUCCGUGAGAUGUCGGCUGCCAUGUGUCACACAUCGGCCACUACAAAACAGGAUUAAUCUGACAGAGGUCAUGAAAACAUUCACCAAUUGAGUUGCCAACAUUUGAAUGCAGUCAUUCAGGUUUCUGCUCUAGUCAUCAUUGAUUAACAUAAAAGCCUCAACAUUUUCUUCAGGUUGAUAAGUAUGUAUUAUGAGAAGUUCUUUUUACACAACCAAUAAGAUUUGCUAUGUGACGUUUAGUUGACUUGUACAAUAUGUACACUUUCACCUUCAUCAGAGAAAUGACCAGUGAAGCGUAUGCACUCAAAGGUGUAAAAUGUGUACGAGUUGUUCACAAAAUCGAUGUCGUUCGGCUACGCUGUGAGCGUAUGUACAAUAGUUGUUUAUAUAUACCGAAAUAACUCGUAUACAUUUCACACCUUUGUGUGCAUACACUUCACUGGUCAUUUGUCUGACGAAGGUGACAAUGUACAUAUCGUACUAGUCAUCAAAACGUCACAUAGAAAAUCUUAUUGGUUGUGUAAAAUGAACCUUUCAUAAUGAAAGUGUCGACUCUGAAAACAGUAAUCCUGAAAAAUGAAGUUGAACGUUGGUUCAAAGUUGAUGAUACUGUGGAGUCAUCCUUGAAAAGGACAAUUACAUGUUAUUUAUCAGAGUUGUGAAAGUGUACAUUCUGUUAAACAAAUGAAUCGCAGUGAUUAAGGAUUGUGUUACAUGUAACAGGAAAAUGACAAGAACCUGUAAACCCGGUUAGCCCGAUGUUUAUCAGAGUUUUUCAUAAAAUGUUUUCCAUCAAAUAUACACCAGGAAAGUAAAGCUUUUGCUUCAUCCAUUAUUUUUUUGUGUAAUAUAUCAACCAUUAUUUAAGCAUUUCACCUCCAAACAUGAUGCAGGUUGUUUUUUUAUUGUCAUGUGACAUGCAAGAGGAAAAGGCCAUUAUCAGAUAAAAAUGUGCAAUUUGGAAGUGAAAAAACAUGUAAAUAAAAUAUUUAUUAAU